AUGGCCGCAAUGAAGGAAAACUUUGAGAAAAUGAAGGAGGAUCUGGCAAAGGCCUUGGCCAAGAUAAAAGGGCUUGAGGAGAAAAUGGUUUCUCUGCAGCAGGAAAAUAAUGACCUGCAGCUACAGAUAGCAUCUGUAAGUUAAGAAAUUGCUUGUUUAAUACAAUUAUUUUUUAUGUCAUUUUAUUGGCCUUUGAUUUCCAGUGUUGUUUCAUUUAUAUUUUAUCUGCUGUAGGAAGAGAAUACUCUCUCUGAUGCUGAGGAAAGAUGUGAGGGACUCAUCAAGAGUAAGAUCCAGAUGGAAGCCAAACUCAAAGAGACAACUGAGAGGUUGGAGGAUGAGGAGGAGUUCAAUGCUGAGCUGACUGCCAAAAAGAGAAAACUGGAGGAUGAAUGCUCUGAGCUAAAGAAAGACAUUGAUGACUUGGAGCUCACGUUGGCCAAAGUGGAGAAAGAGAAACAUGCCACUGAAAAUAAGGUUUACCAUUUGUUACAA